UGAAAAGUGCUGAGGGCCAAUUAGUAGCCCAAGUGUGUGAGCAUGCAGAGGAAACGCACAGGAUGAGCAGCACACAGAAGCUUUAAAGCGCACACUGAAAAGCCACGCGCACUGACAGAAAGGCAACAAGUCCUCCUUAGCUUUGCAUGCAAUAUCUCUGACAUGUUUCCGUUUCGGAGCCAUUCAAGGAUCUGAUACGGCUGUGCUGAGAAACGUCUGGAGUGUUUUGAUAUUUAUCUAGUCAGUCAGGAAGGGACGGUCGCGCGCGCAUCUUUUUUAUUCGGCGAACACACUCAAGUCGUUGCUUCUUCUUCUUCUUCUUGUCGUGGGAUAUAUUUCUGACUUUUACGUAGCUGUUCCUGAGUGGAUUUGUGUCACUGAAGUGAGUGGACUCAGGUCUUGGCACUGAAGUGUCCCAGCAUGAGCGUGUUGGCGUCGCUGGUGCAGGUCAUAGCGGCUGCGGUGCUGACGCUGCCCCUGGCUCAGUGUUCCCACUCAGGCUUUACCAACAGCACCUCUAAAGUAAUCCUGUUUCAGGAGGUGUGGGGACGGAGCUUCUGCCGCACCAUCGAGACACUGGUGGAUGUAGUGCAGGAGUAUCCUGGGGAGGUGGAGCACAUGUACAGCCCGUCCUGCGUGCCAUUGGUCCGUUGUGCUGGUUGCUGUGGAGAUGAGAACCUUGAGUGCCACCCCACACUAACCUCUAACGUCACUAUGCAAUUAUUAAAGCUGAAGCCAGCAGAGCAGAGACAGGAGUAUGUAGAGAUGACUUUUGUGGAGCAUAAAAGCUGUGAAUGUAGACUAAGAAAGCGUACACCAAAACAUGACAGAGUUUAUCAUUUCUUAAUUGUAGGUGGAAGCCAAGAGGACGGGGGAAAAAAAGAAAGGAGAAACAGCGAGUGAAAGACUGUGAUGGGUGCCAGCCUCCUCGAAGGUAAACGCAGUCUCUUCCUGCUCUCUGCCCAUCCCAUACUGCCUGCCCCUUCAGUGUACUGCCAGCCUCUUACAGCAUCCUGCGUCACCUCAACCACCAGAUCCAAGAUGCACCAUUGUCAUGGUGAUGGGGAGAUCACCGGGGACAUUUCAUAUAAAGGGAAGUGCCUUUUGUGAGGUGAUACCCUCAGACGUGCAUCUCACAAAUCUCCUGAGGAGCAUAACAGUGGUGGGCCAGACCUAGUGUCUGAGCUAGAACAUGACCCCACAGGACACUGGCUAUAUAAAGUAAAAAAAAAAAUAUAUAUAUAUAUAUAAUUGUUAAUAAUAUAUUAUUAUUAUUAUUAUUAUUAUUAUUAUUACGCACACUAUCUAUGACAUAUCACAUCUUUUUAUUUAUUGCUUGCAAACCAGAAGAGAGAGCAUGUUUGGUUGUUUAUGACUGAAUACUCUGCUGAAGUUUGGCAUGAGUACAAAUUGGGAUUUUUUUUUUUUUUUUUUUAGAGAUAAAAAUUUAAUCACCAAAGACAGUUGGUUUUGCUAGAAAACUAACAGUAAUCAUUUCUGAUGUUUCAUUCACCGAGAUAAGCAAUGAGCUUCUUUAUUCUUGUAUUAAUGAGUUCUCAGAGUAAAUGUAAUUACAUAUGCAAUAACUGCAAGCUGAUAGUUAUGCAAGAAUUGAAAGCUGGGACAAAGACCAAGAAACUCCUCCCUCCUUAUAUAUUCCCUGUUCACACAUACCAGUUCCUGUGAAGACUUUUCUCUCUCUGUCUCCUCCCUGUCCCCCAUGACCCCUCUACGCUUGUGUCGUUAGCAGAUUGUCUGUUGGUUUGGCAUUCUAGCUGUCAGAGCUCCAAUCCAACUUCUCUGAGUUUGUCUUUUCUUACAAGCAUUCACUCCACAAACCAAAUUCUUAAGCUUGAAUAAGUCUACAUGGAGAAUGGUGCACAUGGACUGCAUUAGAGCUCUAAGUGACUUCUUAUAUGGUUCGUACAUUGACGUAGUGACCUCUACUGGUAUCAAGAAAGCAAUUCAAUAUAUUAUCAUUUUCCAAACAUAAACAAACCUGCUGUACCGUACAUAUGAUUUAAAUAAUGACAGUUCAUGGAAGAGCCAGUGAAUUUGAUGAAUUUGUGUAUAUGAUUUUGCAAUACGAGAGACGAGUGUAAAUCAACAUAAACUGAAGUUUGAAAUAAAAGUUUAUUAUUUUUGUCUAUUAAAAUGGUUCAAAAAAGGAUGGGUUCAGGUCAGCAACAUGAUGAGACUCAACCAAAAAAAUAUAAAUAAUAAUAAUAAAUUAAAAAACAACAACACCUGCUGCUAAUACUACUUGGCCUUUAAAUACAAAAGUGACAAUAUCAGUUUAACAGUGACUAAUAGGCUUUUAUCAAAUUAGUAUUGUGUAAAUUCUUUCAUUUCUCAGAUUUUAUUAGCACAGCACCAGAUAUAGGAUUGUAUUGGACUUAAACUGGCAGCAUUUUUGUUGUGUUGCUGAGUGUGAACGUAAGAGCAAUUUUUUUCAUUUUUAUUACCAUCAUGGGUCAAGAGUUUUAAAGUUAUUUUCAGUUUCAUGUAUAUUGUACAUAUUUAUAUAUGAUUUUGAUAAUGUAUUGCUAUCGUGCCACUGCCAAUAAAGAGAUACAUCAUCUAA